UAUUCUGAUGGUCACACUGAAGCAGACAACAUGUGAUAAACAAACUUUUGCGGUCGAUUUGAUUAAUUUUUUUCCAUAAACCCGAUUGAAUUAGAGAAUUGAUCAAAGCAGACAUCCCCCUAGAGCAGCACUGCGGACUGUAGACGAGCCCCAGUACAGUCAAAAUGCCUCGCCGCUACACCAAGAGACUGAAGCUGGAUAAACUGAACAACUCGGUCAACGAUCACAAGGCGACCAGCUCGAAAAGCAUCAGAGCGGAGUCGAAUUCCGCCAAGGAGUACGCGACCGAGGACGAUGGCGAGAUUAACUCCGACAACGAGGAUCAAGGGCGCAAGUCUGUAGACGAUGGCGAGGAUGCCUCCAAAGACGAGAUCAAAGGUACGCCUAACUGUCUGCGGUACGUGAUGGAGACGACGGCCCAUUUCGCCCACCCCUCGCUGAACAAGGGGCUCGCUGUAAAGCCGGACGAAGAGCUGCAGAUGUUUCCCAGCUGCAGAGAGUACGUGCCGGUGCCUGUGUUCGUGGCCAGCGACGGGCAGACGGCCUUCAUUGAGCCCUGCGUGCAGCGGCCACAGGCAUACGACGAUUAUAUGCACCAUCUGCUCUACCUAAGGGCCCAAUACGAGAAGCGCACCAAGAAAAUGAAACAGAGAGAGAAGAAGAAAAGUGUGGGGAUCUACGAUGCGCGCCUGUUUGACAUUGCAGAGCACAUAGUCUCGCAGGAGAACCGGUACUUCAUGGACAGCUACGACUACUACUACACGGGCGGCAACCUCCAGACAAUGAGCUACCACGGCAAGACCCUGGCCAUGCACGUGAGUGGCGACAAGCUGCGGAACCUGAACUUCUCCGAGGUGCAAGACGAGGCCUAUUUGUGGCAUCCACUGCACUCGGCUGUGCUGAAUGAAACGUCCAGCGAGCCCUUCCAGCUGCUGCCAUUGGAAAGCUUUCGCGUGAACCACGGCCACAUGUUUCUCUGCCGCUUCCUGAAGGAGAUUUCUAUCUACGAGCUGAAGGAGUCGGACUGGAGCGAGGAACUCGAGCUGGUCUGUCAGAGCAAGCACAGCAGCGAAGAUGUGCCCUUUAUCAGCGCCUCGCAGGCGGCGGGCAACGCCAACAUGUUGGCCCUUGCCUGCCAAGAUCGGACCGUGAGCUUCCUAGACAUCGUCACGCAGCAGGACAUCGAAAAGCACAAUGUAUGCAUGCUGAAAUCCUUCAACAAGCACUGCAGCACCUGGGCCCAGUUGCUACCCUCAGGGAGCAGCAGCUUCCACUACCUUUGCCAACCGAUGCUGAUUACUGUGGACGUGCGCAUCGACCAGCCGCUCAAUCCGUGCCACGCCAGCAGUGUCGAUAAGAAACAGUGCGAGACCUUCUCCUGCCUCGCCCGCAGCGCCAAUCCCAACCUGUUGUAUGUGGCCAGUAACCACAAGCUCCACUGCCUCGACAUGCGCUGUCUGGGCAAGAGGGUCUCCGACCGCGCCGUGCUCACCUGGACCCACCAGAUGACCUACCCGCCCACCUUCAUGGACACAUGCAUCCACGACGGCAGCGAGUACGUUGCCAUGAGCAGUCUUCUGCCCAGCGAUCAGCGCAUCUGCGAGCUGAAUGGAGCACUGGCCCAAAGCGUGCAGGAAAUGUCUUCCCCCACGAUUCCAUACAAACCCCUCACGAUGGAGGAGGGGCUGAUCGAUGCCCGACUGCAGGGCUACGUUGAUGUGUACGCGGAUCUUCCGGAGCGAGUCAAGGCUUGCGUCACGGGUCUGCGCUUUGACAAGCUGGAGAAGGAGAAUCCCGAUCAUGACUUUGCCCAGCUGCUGACCUCCAACAGCAUCGGGGAUGUAUUCAGCCAGCGGCUGACGGUACGAAACAAGGCGGAGUACAAGGAGUAUCGCACGGGUCUCCACAACAUACCGGCCAUCAGCUACUACGGCUACAAGGUCAACCAGUGCGUAAAGCCGCAGCCACUAAGGUGCACCGAGGUGCAGUCUACUCCCAUUCUAAGGGACAUCAUCAAGGCGGAAGCGCGGCGUGCUUCAAUGGAAGAAGAGAAGCCCGAAGAAAUCCCCAUCGAGUACGGCCUGGCGGAGUCGCAGGAAGAGAUCACUGCAUCCCAGGAGACAAACAGUUCAAAAGAGAAUGCUGAUCCAGCAGCAGCUGGAUCUCCAGAACCGCCCAAAGCGGACGAAAAGAAGAAAGCGAAGGAAGUCAGCCGUGGACCCUGGCAGAAGUCCGCCUACAAGCUGUCCAGCUACACGGACAUGUUGAGCACCCGCCUCCUGAGUGUGUGGGACAUGGACGACUACGACCACACCCGGGACGUGUAUGCCAGCAUGAUCAACGAGCAGCUGAAGGAAGAGAAGACGGAGACGAACGACCGCAUGGACGACUGGCUGAAUCAGCUCAAGCCGGAGGCCCCACCGACGGAAGACGACGACUCUCCCCUAGUGCCCGGCACAAACCUACCCAAACGCUAUGGGGUCACAACUGCGGACUACACCCUCAUCGAGUCGAUUUCAAUUGAAGACCCCGAUGUUCUGGUCAGCCCCAAGAAGGAAACGUAUGCGGACACCCUGGGGCCCAGUUCCAGUCAGCGACAAUACUCCAUUCUAGGCCCUGGGGAGUUAACGAUCAUCGAGCACGAUUUCGAGAAAACGCCCAUACUAAAGUUCGAACGCAAGUCUAAUCCAACGUCUGCCAAGAAACCCAAGACCGUGUACACCAAAGGAUUCUAGUUUCUGAACA